UCUCCCGGAAGGGAAACGAAGGGAGAAAUGGCCAGGAGGUUGCUGCCAGCCCAGGUUCAGAGGUCAGUGACCUUCAGGGAUGUGGCAGUGCUUUUCAGCCAGGACGAGUGGCUGCAGCUGGACCCGGGUCAGAGGAGCCUGUACCGGGAGGUCAUGCUGGAGAACUACAGCAACCUGGUCUCUGCGGGGAUUCUGUUUGCCAAGCCAAAGGUCAUCUCCCAGUUGGAGCAAACGGGAGAUCCCCAGAUGGAAGGAACUGGAACGCCACCAGGCAUGUGUCUAGGAUGGGAGAGCUUGUUUGAAGCCACCAUUUCCAAAGAAGAAAAUCAAGAAGCCAUGAAAAAAUUCCUAGUGGAUCAUCCUUUGGACUUCAGUUUGGGCAAAACCUACAUAGAUGAGGACAAGUUGGAGAAGCAACAAGGUAGAAAGAAUAAACUUCUCAGGAAAGUAUUAGUUACCAUCAAAAACACAUACAUAAAAGAAAAGAACUUCAAAGGUAUUGAACUUGGGAAAAGUCUUGGUCCAAAACCAUCGUCACUUACUAGAAAACCUGGACUUGUUUCCAAAGGAAGGAAACCUCGUUCACAGCAGUAUUCAAUUCUGUUUAAACAACUGGGAGUCAACACAGUGCGUAAAUGUUAUAAAUGUAAUAUCUGUGGGAAAAUCUUCCUCCACAGUUCUUCCCUGAGUAAGCAUCAGAGGAUCCAUACUGGAGAGAAGCUCUACAAAUGCAAGGAAUGUAGGAAGGCCUUCAGCCAAAGUUCGUCCCUGACACAGCACCUGAGAGUUCACACAGGAGAGAAGCCUUACAUAUGCCAUGAGUGUGGGAAAGCCUUCAGUUUUACCACCUCUCUUAUUGGGCACCAGAGAAUGCACACUGGAGAGAGACCCUAUAAAUGUAAGGAAUGUGGCAAAACAUUUAAAGGUAGCUCAUCCCUUAACAAUCACCAGCGAAUUCAUACUGGAGAAAAGCCCUAUAAAUGUAAUGAAUGUGGGAGAGCCUUUAGUCAGUGCUCAUCUCUCAUCCAGCAUCAUAGAAUUCAUACUGGAGAGAAGCCGUAUGAGUGUAGUCAUUGUGGAAAAGCCUUCACUUCAAUAUCAAGGCUGAGUAGACACCAUCGCAUUCACACUGGAGAGAAACCUUUUCACUGCAAUGACUGUGGGAAAGUGUUCAGUUACCACUCGGCCCUUAUUAUACAUCAGAGAAUUCACACUGGUGAGAAACCAUAUGCAUGUAAAGAAUGUGGGAAAGCCUUUAGCCAAAGCUCAGCACUUAUCCAGCAUCAGAGAAUUCACACUGGAGAAAAGCCCUACAAGUGUGAUGAAUGUGGGAAGGCCUUCUCCUGGAUCUCACGGCUUAACAUCCACCACAGAAUUCACACUGGAGAGAAACCGUAUCAUUGCAAGGAAUGUGGGAAAGCUUUCAGUUCCCACUCAGCAGUGAAUACUCAUCGAAAAAUUCAUACUGGAGAGAAACCUUAUAAAUGUAAUGACUGUGAAAAAGCCUUCAACCAAAGCUCAGCCCUAAUUCAGCACCAGAGAAUCCACACUGGAGAGAAACCAUUCAGCUGUAAAGUGUGUGGGAAAGCCUUCAGACAGAGCUCAUCCCUGAUGACACAUAUGAGAAUUCACACUGGAGAAAAGCCUUAUAAAUGCAAAGAAUGUGGGAAAGCUUUUAGUCAGAGCUCAUCUCUUACUAAUCAUCAGAGGACUCAUAAUUGAGAAAAACCGUAUGAGUAAAAUGCAUGUGAGAAAUCUUCCAGGUGAGAUCCAUUCCAUAUUGAAUAGCACAGAAUUCAUCCUGAGGAGAAAGUGAUGAGUAGGUAGGUAAUUGUGGGUAAAACUUUAUAAGUUAGACCUCAUCAAACAGACACUUCAUGCAGGAUAACCUUGGGAAUGUUAAGAAAGCAUCCAUAAAAUGUUUUUCAUCUGUUCAUAAGUUGUUAUUGGCUCUAAAACUGUGACUGUCUGAGACUGGAAGACUAGUAUUUUACUUUCUAAUGGUGUUUAAUAACUGCCAGCUUUCACAAGCAUCAUUGGAAACUGUAUUUAGGUAAAAAGUGCAGCCAUAAGUUAAGUUUAGGAAUUUAUUUUUUGAAACUGCAUCUAGAUCUUAGACAAUCCAGUUAGACUAGAAAGAGUAUUUGGAAAAAAGAAAUGUACACAGGUAACUGUCUACCUCACUGUCACUAACAUUUUUUUUAAUAUUCUGAAUACAAAUUAUGUACUUGGCUGUUAUUAAAACUUUUAGGUUACUUCUUCACUCUCAAAGCCAUUCAUUUGAGAAGAAAUCAUUCUGAAAUAUGCAGGUGUACUGUCCUUUGCAUUUUCUUCCUACUUGUUACCACUUCUGAUUCAAAUCUAAAGUCAACUUAUGUCACAAAGUAUAUAGUAUUUAAUCUGUUCUCAGAAAGUGAUUACUUUUGCCAUACUAAAUUGAAAAGUAAAGGUUAUUAUUACUUUUGCUA